AUGCGUCCGGAAGUGGGCAAUAAUUGGCUUGAGAUCAAGUCCUGCGAGAGCGGACAGCUUACAGUUCUAGAUCAUGGCCGUCUUGAAAGCCUGGUGGCUGAGCUAGCUGAUAGCGUUGACCAGUGCCCAUCUUUAAGUGUUUUUCUUGGAACCAGAUCUAAAGAAGCCUGUCUUCGGCAACUGUAUCCGCACAAUAACAUCAACCGUCGCGUCUCAAAGACUAGUGUCAGAUUACGCUGUGAUGUGAAUACACUAAGAAUGUCGCGUCCUGCAUUUUUCGCGGAUGGCGACCUGACAUACAAGCAUUCCCUUUCCUCUUUAGGGAAACAAACAGCAAGUAUGGAGCAGCCCAUCACCUGGCAAGCUCACUCUUCCGAAAAAGUACUGCAAAUCAUAUAUGCUCGCUUGCUAUUUCUCUUUGCAGAUGUAGUUUGCAUAUUCGCAGCUGAUUUUGCAGACUAUUCCCACAUGGCUGACUUCCUGAUUUCCAUACACCGCGCACGUUCGGCGUCAUUACUUCCAGCGUCAAUAAGGCCCCGAGUGGUCAUUGUGCUUCCCACGAAUUCGGUAGACAACAAAAUGGACGAAAUGGAAGUUGAACAACUUCAAUGUAGGUUGAACAUGUGCGAAAGUGGGCCAAUGUCAGCAUCUUUUUCUGCGAUUCACAUAGUCCGAUUAGGACAUCACAUGUUGUCGGAUUACUCUCGGUACCAGCCUCUGCGAGCUUUAAUCAAGGGGCAAAUACAAGAUAUGCAAAGCGCCCGCGAAGACACUAGGACUCUGCUCAGCGCCAAACAUCUAGCAGCUCUCUUCUCUCUUGCACUGCGGCACACGGCCGAGAACAUACGAGAACCAUUUGACUUUGUGCAAGCAUCUAGAGCUUACCAUCCCGUUUCUCUAUCCUUGGGCCCUAAUAUAGUGCAUUAUCAGGAGCUUGGUUCACAGGUGGAGCUUAGCUCCGAAGAGCUAGCCCCCUCGGUCGCAUCCGCUCUGUUGAUGGAUCACUACAUUGAUGGAAUGCUCGCAUUAGAUGCCCGCCUCGUCUUCCGAACUCUUUAUCGUCCUGCUCUAAUACAUUCGAUCCGAGCUGCCCAGCGGUCCGAUCGGAUGACUGUCCUGGGAAAUCUAGUAAACCUAAUUGAAUGCCAAAUGGUGGGAAUGCUUGACCAUCUUGACAGAACCGGACAGCCAUCUUGGCACCUCCGUCGCGACUUGCUAAAAGCUAGGAGUGGCCAACUAUGCUCAAUCCGAUCUAACAAAAUCUGUCUUGUAUUCUUUGGUUCGCCUGCCGCUGCGAGGGAGUACCAAUUCAAAUUCUCAGCUUGUCCCUGUUGCCUGUAUCAAAGGCCAUUUGUGAUCGAAAUCUUAGCCCCAACCAUGAAUCCCACCGUUCUCGCUAUUGACGGUGGGGGUGUUCGAGGCGUGAUACCACUGGAAUUUUUGACUUUAAUACAGGAAAGUCUUGGCUCCUGUUUAUUACAGGACUUGAUCGACAUCAGCAUAGGGACAAGCUCGGGAGGGCUCAGUGUUUUAGCUCUAUUUCAGAAGCGUUGGGAGGUCUUGAAGUGCGCCAAAACUUUUGAUGAUAUGGCUCGCUGUAUCUUCCAACAACGAAAGAGUUCAUCAUUAUCCCGGCUUUCUCAAUCGGUAUUUGGCAGAUUAUCGCUAUUUAGUACAAUCCAUAAAUGGCUUAUAUGGCUCUUGCAUGAUGGGUGCUAUGACGGGAGUGUUUUUGAUGCCGCCUUGAAAGCAGUUUUCGGCGUCAAGAGCCGUGUUUUCGAUGGUCUUUGCGCAGAACACACAUCCGCAACAUAUUCAAAUACGAGAAUAGGCGUGGUAGCAACAGGUAUUUCUAAAGACACAUCUUCAUUUGUUUUUGGGAAUUUCAAUGCUUCGGAGACCUCCGAGACGGAUCCUGGAUGCGAGAUUGUCCGACCAGUGGAGACGGACUGUGAACCUUUUGUCUGGGAGGCUGCUAGAGCCACAGCCGCUGCACCCUUCUUUUUCCCCACAGCUGAUAUCGACCCGCUUGGUUCUUUCCAGGAUGGAGGGCUUCGGGACAAUCUUGCCGCAGAUAUCGCGAAACGGUUGUGUCGGCAAAUCUGGCCCUCUCGGAAAAACCCCGCGCGCAUCUUGUCCCUUGGCACGGGCGCAACGGCGCGAGCGGCCGGCUCCUCACCCCACUUUCGACAUGUAUUUCGAGACAGCUUCUUGCGCCGCAGCUUCAACGCCUGGAUGUCCUUAAUGGAUACAGAGACUGAGUGGACUAAGAUGGUGGAACAGUCAGAAAGUGAGCGCAAACAGGACUAUAUACGGCUCAAUAUUCCACUUCAAGACGAGCCAAGUGCCAUCGAUGCCGUUGAGACGAUGGAGCACUAUCGAAACCUUGUAAUUCUCUACCCGGGAAGUGCCCGCAUGGCCCGUGAAGCUGCCACCGCUUUGCUCAUCUCGCGAUUUUUCUUUGUUAUGUGUACCUUGCCCGAAGACACCACUAGUCCGUUCUGGUGCUGGGGGGUAAUACGCUGCAAGGGGCCAGCCAAACAGAUCGUCGAAUCACUGGAGCAACUCUAUCCACAGGGGCUCACCUUCACAACGGACCUUGAAGUCAUUGGGCAAUUUGAGGGCUUGGGUGAGCUAUGCCUAGACUGUGGACGCUAUUGUCGACCGAUAACGUUCCUGUCACACCAUCUCGACAAGACAGUGAACAUCUAUCUCAAGACGAGGACGAAGAAGCGCUGGCGAAUAAGUGGGUUUCCUGAUAGCUUGGCUUCAUAUGCUCAACGGCAGCAUUUUUAUGCACCGUUCGGACGCCCUGACCAUGGUUGCCCUGGUGCAGCUCUCUGCGGUAGUUGUGAUGAAUCGGUUGGUCCACAGCAAGGGCAGAGACGGAAACGUGCCUCCUUGGACUCGCGACGCGGGCAGAGGAAGAAGGUUCGUGGCGGACCUAGCGCCGAAAUCAGCUAA